CGACACGUAGCCGGAAGUGUUUUCACAAAAUGGCAGCGAUGUCGGCAAAACUAUCUCUUGCAGCUGUUUUGCUGUUUUGCGUUGUGUUUGUGAUUGCUCAAAAGAAAAAAGAGGACCCAUUGACAGAGCGUGUACAGCAGAUGGUUGAAUGGAACAGCAAGAAGUCCAUCAUUCGUCUUAACACUGAAAAAUUCAAGCAGUAUGUUAAGGGAACCCCUAAAAACUACUCUGUAAUUGUCAUGCUGACAGCACUUCAACCCCAGAGGAGUUGCUCAGUCUGCAAGCAGGCACAUGAUGAGUUCACAAUCCUGGCCAACUCAUGGCGUUACUCCCAACAGUUCUCCAACAAACUCUUCUUUACAAUGGUUGACUUUGAUGAAGGCUCAGAGGUCUUCCAGAUGAUGAAGUUGAACACUGCUCCAGUCUUCAUGCACUUCCCAGCCAAAGGAAAGCCAAAGAAGGCUGACACUAUGGAUAUACACAGGGUAGGGUUUGCGGCUGAGCAGUUAGCACGCUGGGUUCAGGAGAGAACCGAUAUUCAGGUACGUAUAUUCCGGCCCCCAAACUACUCCGGCACACUGGCCCUGGCCUUGCUAUUCUCACUGGUCGGAGGUCUGCUCUACCUGAAGAGGAACAAUCUCGAGUUCCUCUACAACAAAACAUUCUGGGGAAUUGCGGCACUGGCCAUCAUAUUUGCGAUGACGUCUGGUCAGAUGUGGAACCACAUUAGAGGUCCCCCUGUUAUGCACAAGAACCCCAGCACUGGAGCCGUGAACUACAUACAUGGCAGCAGUCAAGGCCAGUUUGUGGCGGAAACAUACCUAGUCAUGUUGCUCAAUGCUGCUGUUGUUGGAGGAUUUAUUCUCAUGGGUGAAGCUAAUGUUUUAAAGGGAGACCCAGGAAAGAAGAGAGUGUUUGCGUUGGUUGGCCUUGGGUGUGUUGUAGUGUUCUUUAGUCUGCUACUCUCAAUAUUCAGAUCUAAAUACCAGGGAUACCCAUACAGUUUCUUGUUCAAGUGAUGAGAGAAGUGGACUUCAAAGAUUUUAUUGCAAUCAAAAUAGUGUGUCAAUUACUAUCAACAAUUGAUGAAAACAGGAUUAAAAUCAUUGUCCCUCAUCUUUUUAUUCAAAAUAAUUAUGAAAAAAUCUCAAUCUUAUGUUUCUAUGUUGAUAUGGUCAUGUUUGCAAUUCAGUGCAAAAUAAAAAAUUAUAAGAAAUAUUGAAAAUUUAGCUAUAUUAUUACAGUUCGAAAAUUGUUUCUGUUUUGAGUGUGAUAUUUAUUUUAAAAUAUAGAUUAAUUAUUGUAUAUUUGUUAUUCCAUUGUGUAAGUGCUGAUAUUUUACAAGAUACUGUUAAAGACACAAAUAGCAAAAGUAGUUGUCAGAAAGGAGUUCAACACUAUUAUAAACAGCAGUGAUUUUUUUAACCAUGCUACAUGGUACAUUAGUAUUUUGUUAUAGUAUGUUCUGAAUGAUAGGAUGUGUUUGAUGCAUGAUAUUUUCCUUAUUUUAUGCCACCUCUGGAGAAGAUAAGGCAUAUUGGUUUACAAAUGUUGGUUGGUUGCGUUCCUGGUCUGUCUGUUGGUGGGUCAAUUAAUCUUUAAAGGUAGGUUGCCCUAGUCCAGUAGAUGACCCUUAAUGUUAUUUUUUUAGGUAAAAGGUCAUGGUCAACAGUCUUCUGAAACUUUUGUCUGCAAAAUAAAAUCAAAACGAUUUGUCAUUAGACAAUAACUAUUUAGUGAUACGUUGCCGUUCAUUAGUAGAUGACCCCUUUUGUUUUUAAUGUCAGUUGCUCGAACACCAAGGUCAGAGUCAAUAAUCUUAUGAAAACUCUGUCCCACAACAACUUGUGAAUGUUUUGAUGUAUGCCCAUGAAACUAUAAUGGUAGGUUUUCCUUGAUCUGUAGAUGCUCUAUUAUUUAUUAUUAAAUAAAUUUUUUUAUAUUUAUUUUAUUAUAUUUGGGGGUGUCUAUAUUCAGUGUUCAAGGUCACAGUUUUAUGAAGACUCUGACCACAGUCAAUAUAUUUAUCUUCACUUACGUGAAAACUUUGUGCCACCAUCCAUAAUCUAUGCAUUUCUUUAUUCAAGAUUCUCAAAUUCUGACAAAGCGCUCAGGGGUCAUAAUGCUUGAAAAAACACCUCUAAACAUUUCUAAACGUAUUCACAGCAUUCCAAAAAUGUAUUUCAUUUUGUUAAACUUAAGUAUUUCACUUUUGAAUAUCAUCCUCAAUAGACUUUUGAGACC